AUGCCAUUUGACACAGCAACUUCUUACAGGCCAGGGGCGCGUUUCGGACCUUUUGCAAUUAGAUCUGGUUCCAGACGUCAAUCCGCUGCUCACAGCUACGCGUUGGAAUGGAUGGCAAACCCGUACAACCGCGCAGAAGUGAUUGACUGUGGAGACGUCCCUGUCAGCCCCUAUGACAACGCAUUAGCUGUUGAUCAGAUGGAAACUGCGUAUACCACGCUUUUGGCACGACCUGUGAAUGGAAGCGCUAGUGCGCGCACUGCAAAGCUUGCGCAUGAUGGAGUAGAGCACCCUCGUAUACUGACAUUAGGCGGAGACCAUACCAUCGUGCUUCCGAUUCUUCGAUCUCUUCAUCAGGUUUAUGGACCUAUAUCUGUCAUUCACUUCGAUGCACACAUCGACACCUGGCCGAGCUUGGGAGGCAUUACUGAGCAGUCCAAGGUCACCCACGGGACCUUUUUCACAUUGGCAUUUGAGGAGGGACUUAUGUCCAACACCAGUAUUCAUGCUGGGAUUCGGAACAAACUACAGGGCCCCGAGUUGGUCGAACACGAUGAAGAAGUUGGCUUUGAGCUCAUCAUGGCUGAUGAUAUCGACGACCUUGGAACAGAUGAGAUCGUUAAGCAUAUCCGACAACGCAUCGGCAACUCCCCUGUUUAUCUGAGCUUUGACAUCGACACCAUCGACCCUGGUCAGGCACCUGCAACUGGUACACCAGAGCCUGCUGGAUGGACUGGUCGAGAAACCAAGCGAAUCCUUCGAGGUCUCGCUGGAUUGAACUUCGUUGGAGCUGACAUUGUCGAGGUUGCUCCAGCAUACGAUAAUGCCGGGGAUAUCACUGGCAUACUUGCUGCUGGCCUUGCAGAUGACUUCCUCGCCUUGUUUGUCACCGAUGAGCCGCCUAAACGGCAAGUAAAGCGAAGGCAAACACCCGCCGAUGAGCUUUAA